CGCGCGUCCGCGCGUCAGACGGCGCGACGCUUUACGGCUGUGGUGCUUCGCGUCUUGGUGAACAUGGAGGGAGAGGAGUCUGAGAAGGAGCCAGCAGAGCUGCACACUCUGGAAGGCAGAGAUGGGGAACCAGAGGCAGCGGAGGAGCAGGAGGAGCCCCAAGAGGCGACUGGCAGCACUAAGAAGCGGGUGGUGCCGGGCAUUGUGUACCUGGGCCACCUCCCGCCCCGUUUUCGGCCUCUGCACGUGCGGAACCUUCUCAGCGCCUACGGCGAGGUGGGGCGCGUCUUCUUCCAGCCCGAGGAGGGGUUUGUGCGGCGCAAGAAGAAAGCAGCAGCGGCCUCGGCAGCCGGAGGGAAAAAGCGGUCCAAAUACAGCAAGGACUACACCGAGGGCUGGGUGGAGUUCCGGGACAAGCGAGUAGCCAAGCGUGUGGCCGCCAGCCUGCACAACACACCCAUGGGUGCCCGCAGGCGCAGCCCUUUCCGUUAUGACCUAUGGAACCUCAAGUACCUGCAUCGUUUCACCUGGUCCCACCUCAGCGAGCAUCUUGCGUUUGAGCGCCAGGUGCGCAGGCAGCGCCUGAGAGCUGAGGUUGCCCAGGCCAAGCGCGAGACUGACUUCUAUCUUCGAAGUGUGGAGCGGGGAAAGCGCUUCCUCGCUGCUGAUGGGGACUCUACCCGCCCAGAUAGCACCUGGUCCUUUGCCCAGCGUCCUACCGAGCAGGAGCUGAGGGCCCGGAAGAAGGCAGCUCGUCCAGGGGGUCGAGAACGGGCUCGACUGGCCAAUGCUCAGGACCAGGCCCGCUCCAACCGAGGGCUCCUUGCCAGGAUCUUUGGAGCCCCACCCCCCUCAGAGAGCGUGGAGGGGCCCUCGGUGGUCAGGGACUCUUGAGGGGCAGGGAGUCCGCUUCACCUCCUAGCCCAGCCCAGAGUUCUGCCUACCCAAUAAUGACUACUCAGGCAGGUGUGUUGUAUCUCAGACCAGGAGUCACUGGUGAGUGUCCAGACCUAGUUUCGUGGGCCUCUUUCCCUCCAACUCCGUACAAGCCAGGCUAAGGCACCUAAUUCACACUCAUAGUGUGAUUAUGACGCCUGCAGAUGCCUGUUGGUCUUGUUCUUGGCUCCUGCCCAUUGGGGUCCUCUAAAAAACCCCACUUUCUGGGCCCAGGAAAAGCCUUAUAUCAAAUCAAGCUCAAGUGAAAACAGCCAGUCCAAGAGGCCACGUAGCAACCACAAGUACAGGCAGUGGCAGCAGCCUUGAUUUAGAAAAGAUUCACAGGGAUGGGGGUUAAUGAGGUGGGACUGGCUGGGGAACCACCUUCCAAAUGUAUUUAUAGGAAAGAAAGAGAGAGAGAGAGAGUGUGUGUGUGUAAGGUGGGGGUGGGUUACGGGAUAAUCUCCAUCUCCUGUGUCCCAAUUACUCACCUUCACUCUUUUCUGGUCUCGGAAUUCAGUGAACCUGCACCCCUUCCCAUCUGCCUAAUUAAUUUUUAGCCCAUUUUAUUAGUCAGUUAUCCAGUUCAGUGUUUACCAAGUCACUCUGAGCAUGUGAGCGAGAGAACAUAAGAACACAUGGUACUUGGCAUGGAGAGUCUCACAGACCACUGGGAAAAGGGGGGCACUUCAGGAGUCAGUGUGCAGGGGGCUUGCAGCAUUGUGGUGGCUGCAUGGUGACGGCAUCGGGAAGGUAAGAGAAGCCCUGAGUGUGGGGCUGAGUCCCGGUCAUGGUUUUCAGAGAUGGGGUCAUUUUUUACCAAGUUCUCCGAGUCGUCCCCGGAAGGUGAACAGAAGUCUGGGAGAGCCCGGGGAACCCCAAUCCCGCACAGAGCUCCAUGGGGGGAGUGUGGGGUUGGAGCCAUGUCAGAGGUAGCAGCACUGUGACUCUCCGGUGCACUCUGUUGGCACUAAGAUGGGAGGUCACAGAUGACAAGAGCAGCCCCAGAGGUGACAGCCUUGGUGUAGACCACUGAAGACGGUCGUGUCAGCACAGCUGAGGAAGAAGUCCGCAUGCAACCUCACAGAGAUUGGACCUCCGGUUAGAAUCCAGGUGUCGUAGCUGGACAAGCACAGUGGUAGAAGAUCGAAGUUCAACUAAAUUUAACACUGUAAUGGUAAAAACCCUUAGUAAUCCAAUAAUAAAAAUGUUUCUUUAACCAAA